AUGUCGGUCGCGCCUCCACCACUGCCAAGCGCCAUCAGCGGAUACGGUGCCCAGAAUGGAGCCGAGGAACAACCACCAGCACAAGGAACAGAGCAGGAGGAUGUCGCAUCCGUAGGCAUCAUUUACCCUCCACCUUAUAUUCGAGAAAUCGCGGACAAGACGGCGGCAUAUGUCUCUGGAAGUGACUCAGGUGCUUUGCUGGAGGAACGCCUUCGUCAGAAGGAAAAGAGCAACCCCAAGUUUUGUUUCUUGAACACUACUGAUCCCUACCACGCCUACUACGCCUUUAAGAUUCAGGAGGCAAAGUCAGGAAAAGCACCAAAGGCUGCGGAACUCAAGGCGGAAGUGGAGGCGAAGAUUGAGGAAGCGAUAAAGCCACCACCAGAAGAACCACCAGCUCUGGAAUUCAUGACUCCGAUGCCGUCUGUCUCAGCUCAGGACCUGGACAUUAUCAAGCUCACAGCACAGUUCGUGGCAAGGAAUGGAAGGCAGUUCAUGGUUUCAUUGGCACAGCGGGAAGCUCGCAACUACCAGUUCGACUUUUUGCGACCCAAUCACAGUUUAUUCAGCUACUUCUCCAAGUUGGUGGAGCAAUACACAAAGAUUUUGGUCCCUGGCCCAGGAAUGGUCGAGGAGAUCGAGGCGAGAGCCAACGACAAGUAUGCAGUCCAAGAUAUUGUUAUGAGGCGCGUGGAGUAUACCGCAUACCAGCAGGAACUUCGCAAGAAGAAGGAUGAAAAGGAGGACGCCGAACGACAGGCGUUUUUGAGUAUUAACUGGCAGGAUUUCGUUGUUGUGCAAACGAUCGAGUUCACAGAGGCCGAUGAGCUCGUAGACUUGCCAUUGCCCAAGAGUCUGAAAGAACUGGAGAAUAUGUCGUUGGCUCAAAAGCGGAUGAUCCAAGUUCUGGCAGAGAGCGAACAUGCACCAGUGGAUGCACCCCAGGAUAUCGAGAUUGAUGGCAACGACGACGAUAUGGAUAUGGAGGACUCUGAUGCAGAAGACAACGACGAUGUACAGAAUAGUCCAGCAGGAGCUCACGACGUCGUGAUGACCGCUUCUCAGUCGACCGCGCCCAUGAAGAUCAAGGAGGACUUUGUACCCAAGACCUUCAAGGGCCGUACUGCUGCCAGCUUGAAGGAGGCUACACAGACAUGUCCUCGUUGCGGGGAGCAGAUCCCACUUUCGGAGAUGGACGAGCACGUCCGCAUUGAAUUGUUGGAUCCUAGAUACAAAGUGCUCCGUGAGCAGGCCGAUGCCAAAACAAAAUCAAGUACCACGGUCACUGAUGGAACUGAUGUUGCAAGGAAUUUGAGUCUCCUCAAAUCUCACCGCACAGAUAUCUUCAGCGAAGAGCAGACUAGGAAUGCGGAGGAGGAGCGGAAGCGCCAAAUCGAGAGGGAAAAGAAUGUCUGGGAUGGACAAACAGCUACGGUCGCGAAAACCGCACAGAGACAUGCGGCCGCAGCAGCAGCCGCCUCUACAAGUGGACCCGGAUACGGCCAUGAUGCCUCAAGUGGGCACCUCCAGUCUUCCAUCGGUCCUCAAAGAGGCCAGCCCCCAAUGUUCCCUCAAGCAGGAGGAUAUAACCGAAUGCCACCAGGAAUGGCACCUCCACUCCCUCCACCAGGUAUGGUUCCUCCACCAGGGUUGCCCGGCAUCCCACCACCACAAUUCUUUGGUCAGCAGCCUCCACCUGGAUAUUACCCUGGCAUGCCAAUGCCACCAGGCAUGGCGCCACCUCCUGGUAUGGCACCACCUCCUGGCAUGGUGCCGCCCCGUCAUCCUGACGGCGAUCAAGCUAUGAACGAUCGCGACCCAAAGCGGUUUAAGCAAGAUCACAACUAG